CACCCACCCACACUCACACGUACAUACACUCCACACAUCCCGGACAAGAGAGAGAAUGGAGAUUGACGGAAUGUGGGUGGCCAUUGGCCUGGUGGUCAUCAUGGUCAUCCUGCGCCUGUUGCGGGGAGGAAGGAACAGCCAGUCGGCAGGAAGCAACUCGGGGAGCAGUGGCGAUGGAAGCAAUCGGUUUGAGACCAUCGCUGACAAGUACGGGAGCUUGGAAGAGGUCCAGCAAGCGCUGAGAAAGUCCGGCCUCGAGUCAUCGUCGCUCAUUAUCGGCAUCGACUACACCAAGUCCAACGUCUACAACGGCGCUGCUUCGUUUGGCGGCAAGUCGCUGCACUGGAUCGAUCUCUCGCACGCGCCAGACUCACCGGUCUACGUCAAGAACCCGUACCAGCGGGUUAUCGAGGUCAUCGGCAGGACCCUGGCCGACUUUGACGACGACAACAUCAUCCCGGCAUUUGGCUUUGGCGACUCGAGGACUCGCGAUCGUGGCGUCUUCCCGCUCAGGCCCGACGGGCUUGCCUGCGAGGGCUUUAAUGGCGUGCUCCACGCGUACAACGAGGUCACGCCGCUGCUGACGCUCUCGGGCCCGACGUCGUUUGCACCGCUCAUUUACCAAGCCAUUGGUAUUGUCCGCGAGGAGCGGGCGUAUCACAUCCUGGUCAUCGUCUGCGAUGGGCAAGUGGUCAACGAGCGCGAGACCCGCAAGGCCAUCAUCGACGCCUCGCAUCAUCCGCUCUCCAUUGUCUGCAUCGGCGUCGGCGACGGGCCAUGGGACAUGAUGCACGAGUUUGACGACGGGCUCCCCGCUCGCGACUUUGAUAACUUUCAGUUUGUCGAGAUGGAUGCCGUGCUCAAGGCAGCUGCUGGCGCACGCAACCCCGAUGCGGCCUUUGCCCUCGCCGCCCUCAUGGAGCUUCCCGACCAGUACCGCGCCAUCUGCCGUCUCCACCUUCUGUAGCCAGCGACGUAGCUCAUCAACCUGGCAGGCCAACUUGAAUCGGUUGACAACCGACCGAACCUGUUUCCGUUGUGUGUCAUCAGUUCCUUCCGCCCGCUGUCCUAGACCGUCCCACUUGUCCCACUUGUCACCGAAUACCAACAGCAGAAUGUCAGGGAAGAAGGGAGGCAACAUCUUUGAUCGUCUCACCGAUCCCAGUGGCUACACUGGUGCCCACAAGGAGCGCUUCGAUGCAUCCGGCCGUGGCAAGGGCCGUGCUGGCCGCAUGGAUUUGGUGGAGAAUGAUGGCUAUGUGACUGGGGCUCGUAUCGGCUCCCGCGGCUCGGCCCGUGGUGGCUCGCCCCGUGGCGGCUCGCGUGGUCGGCGCCGUCCGGCUGGCACGUCGCCGUCGUCGGGCGCUGCUCCGCCGGCAUCGUCCACUCGUGGUCGGAGCCCGCGCGGGAGAGGCUCGCGUGGCUCACCAUCUGGUCGCGGUCGGGGCUCGCCGUCUGGUCGCGGUCGCGGCUCUCGCCCGUCUCCAUCGGGGCGCUCGGGCGGCCGGAGCAAGGCUGCCGACAUCACCGCCCGCCUCACUGAUCCGUCGACGUACUCGGCGACCCACAAGCACCGAUUCAAGUCCGAUGGGACCGGUGCCGGUAAGGCCGGGCGGGUCGACGUUGUCGAGAACGACGGCUACGUGUCGUCGUACAAGAAGCAAAAGUCGGACGGCAAGGUGUCGAAGCGUGUCGGCGGCAAGGCUGCCGACAUCACUGCCCGCCUCACCGAUCCGUCGACGUACUCGGCGACCCACAAGCACCGGUUCAAGGCCGAUGGGACCGGUGCCGGCAAGGCCGGGCGGGUCGACGUCGUCGAGAACGACGGAUACGUGGGUGCUUACCGCGAGAAGCGCCGCGGCGGCAAGGCCCCGAGCAAGCGUGUUGGCAGCAAGGCUUCGUCGGUCGUUGAUCGCCUCACUGACACCUCGGGCUACACCGGUGCACACAAGUCACGGUUCACGCCCGACGGCAAGGGUCGCGGCAAGGCUGGCCGCGUCGACGUCGUCGAAAACACGGGCUAUACUGCGUCGUUUGACAAGUCGCGCUCGCGCGGCCGCGGCUCCCGCCGCUAGAUGGGCUGUGCCG